CGUCUCAAAAAAAAAAAAAGAAAAUUCCUCGUGACCUUUAAUUCAUCUACCAACCUUUAAAGUACUGGCUUCCCCAAAUGCUAAUUGGUCCUCUUCUCUUCACAGUCUCUUUUUCUCUAUGCACAAUCAGAUUCACUCUGAAGGCUACACUUAGUCUGAUUCUAGUGACUCUCAAAUACCCUUUUCCAUUCUAGACCUCUGUACAGAGUGUCAGAACCAUAUAUCCAACCUCCAAUAGCUAUCACCACCUGUAUGUUCCACAGACACUUAAAGUACAUUUCCAAGGUUUGCCUCAUUACUUCCUUUGGUACAGCCUGCAUUUUCUUCUGUUUCCCAUUUUCACUUUAUAGUCCCAGCAGCCAUGCAUUUGCCUAUGCAAAUAACAUGCCUGUAUCUUUUCCACUGUACAGCCAGUUUACGACCAUCUCUGUUGUAAUGGUGGUCGUGUAGGAGUCGUUAUCGUCUGUCAGCCUGCUGAUACUACCUAAAUCUAGGAGUCAUCUCUAACCAUAGUUACUUAAUUGUCAUCCCCACCUAACAUACAUUAAGCCUUCCCCAGUCUUAGGGAACAUUGCCUCAAAACAUUUAUCACAUAACAUGUAUGUCAACUUGUUUAUUCAUGUUCUUUAUGUUCCUUAAAGCAACAGACUCAAAGUAGGGCAUGCAUCACAGUAGAAUAUACAAGAUAGUAUACUGGAAGGAAAUAAAAUACUAACAGUUUACAUUCAUUCAAGAGCAGUAAUCAUUAACAAUGUAGAUUUUCCUAAAUGACUACUGAUGGUUUGUAAAUAGCUACAAUGUUGGGAAUAUGUUCAGUACAUCUUUAAGACCACUGCUCUGUAGGAAAAAAAAUCUAGUAUCAUGUCAUAAUAUGCCCACUGCCUACUCCAUAUAUCUUUUCCUUCUUAGAACUCAAAGACUGUUUCCUAACAUACUGUACCUUUUGCUAUUUCCUGAUUUACUAACUGGUUUUUUUCUCCCCAUGAAUUUUUAAAAGCUGAUGCCCUGUAUUCCUACAAAACAAAUUCAUUGUGAGUACAAAACUUUUAUGUCCUCAAUGAAGCCUCAGAAUACAAAAUGAAAUUUUUCUUUGCUUUGUGAUCCUUUACCUUGUACGUAUUUCUGUCAUUGCAUCUAUAAAACCUACUAAGUGCAUGUAUUUACAUGUAUGCCUCUCUCUUAGUCUGUAACUUCUCACGAGCAGGGUCAGGAUUUUAUUCAUUUUGGUCUAUCAGGCAACCAGUCACAUUCAGGACAAAUAGUGUGAUCUCAGUAUGUUUAGUAUGAGAUUAUGAGUAAAUAUAGAUGGAUAUAUUUUCAGAGAGAAUUUUAUACAAUAUAAAACAUAAAUUAGGAAACUAGUCUGACCAGUAAACAUUGUCAGAACUUAGGUCUCCAACAUCUAGUUCUCACCCAUUUCCGAUCACUUCAGGAUGAACUAGAGUAUGCCCUUACAGGGAUCAGUGUCAUUCAAGGAUGUGACUGUGGACUUCACCCAGGAGGAGUGGCAACAACUAGACCCUGCUCAGAAGGCCCUCUACAGGGAUGUGAUGUUGGAAAACUAUUGCCACUUCAUAUCUGUGGGGUUUCACAUGACUAAGCCUGAUAUGAUCCGCAAGUUGGAACAAGGAGAGGAGCUGUGGACACAGAGAAUUUUUCCAAGUUACAGCUACCUAGAAGAAGAUGGGAAAACUGAAGAUGUCUUAGUGAAGUUCAAAGAAUACCAAGACAGGCAUUCUAGAUCCCUCAUACUUAUUAACCACAAAAAACUAAUUAAGGAGAGAAGUAAUAUUUAUGGUAAAACACUUACUCUAGGCAAGAACCAUAUUUCAAAAACAACACUAUGUGAAUAUAAACCUGACGGAAAAGUUUUGAAAAAUAUUUCAGAACUAGUCAUUAGAAAUAUAAGCCCCAUAAAAGAGAAGUUUGGUGACAGUAUUGGAUGGGAGAAAUCACUUCACAAUACUAAGCAUGAGAAAAUUCAUCCUGCAGUGAAUCUCUGUAAACAAACAGAAAGAGUUCUCAGUGGUAAACAGGAGCUUAUUCAGCAUCAGAAGGUUCAAACUCCAGAGCAACCAUUUGACCAUAAUGAAUGUGAAAAAUCCUUCCUGAUGAAGGGAAUGCUGUUUACACAUACUAGAGCUCGCAUAGGAGAAAGAACCUUUGAAUACAACAAAGAUGGAAUUGCCUUCAUAGAAAAGUCAAGUCUCAGUGUCCAUCCAAGUAAUCUUAUGGAAAAGAAGCCCUCUGUCUGCAACAAAUAUGGGAAAUUCCUCUGCAGAAAGUCUGUUUUUAUUAUGCCUCAGAGACCUCAAACAGAAGAGAAACCCUUUCAAUGUCCUUACUGUGGGAAUAGCUUUAGAAGGAAGUCAUACCUCAUUGAACAUCAGCGAAUUCACACAGGUGAAAAACCUUAUGUUUGCAAUCAGUGUGGAAAGGCCUUCCGUCAGAAGACAGCCCUCACCCUUCAUGAGAAAACACACAUAGAGGGGAAACCCUUUAUUUGUAUUGAUUGUGGGAAGUCCUUCCGCCAAAAGGCCACCCUCACUAGACAUCACAAAACACAUACGGGAGAGAAAGCCUAUGAAUGUCCUCAGUGUGGAAGUGCCUUUAGGAAGAAGUCAUACCUCAUUGAUCACCAGAGAACUCACACAGGAGAGAAACCGUAUCAGUGUAAUGAGUGUGGGAAGGCAUUUAUCCAGAAAACAACCCUCACUGUGCAUCAGAGAACUCACACCGGAGAGAAACCCUAUAUUUGCAAUGAAUGUGGGAAGUCCUUCUGCCAAAAGACAACCCUCACUCUCCACCAGAGAAUUCACACAGGGGAGAAACCAUAUAUUUGUAAUGAAUGUGGGAAGUCUUUCCGCCAGAAGGCAAUCCUCACUGUUCAUCACAGAAUACAUACAGGAGAGAAAUCCAAUGGCUGUCCUCAGUGUGGGAAAGCCUUUAGUAGGAAGUCAAACCUCAUUCGCCAUCAGAAAACUCACACAGGAGAGAAACCAUAUGAAUGUAAACAGUGUGGGAAGUUCUUCAGUUGUAAGUCAAACUUAAUUGUCCAUCAGAAAACUCACAAGGUAGAAACCAUGGGAAUUCAGUAAGUAAUGUGACUUUUUUUAUAAAAAAAAUUUUAAGUCAUAGUAAACCCUGUACAUGAUGUUGCUUGCAAUUGUAAUAAUAUCCAACCGUUUAAGGUACUAGGAUACCACAUGGUAUCCUACUGUUUGCCAGCCUAUAAAACACACACAUAUUAUUAGACAAAUUACAUGACAGAAUUCAUUUAAAAGUCCAAAUUUUUUAUUACUAGCUUCAGCAGACAAAAACUUCCUCUGUCAAGGUGUUAUAAACAUUUAAAAUCACAUUUUCCAUUUCAAUACAUAUCUUUCUGUUAAGCAGUAAUAAAUAGUUGGCCAACUGACUGUGGUCCAUGGACUAUACAGUGAGUAGACAUUCUUUAAAAGAAGAAGGCAUGAGCUGUAUUUCUCAUUGCAAAUACAAAAUAAAAAUUAGUUGUUACCGCCUCACAGUUGACCAUGAUUCUGACUUCUAACAUUAUAAAUUAGAUUUUACACAUUAUAAAUCAUUAUGUAUCAUGUAUUCUUUCAUAUACAGCUUAUUACAUUCAUCAUGUCCCUGAGUCUGAUCAUUAGUGCAUGUAACAGAAGUUUAUUGAGUAUAGAGUUCUAUUAUAUGAUUAUAUCACAAUUUAUCCAUUCUACUGUUGAUGGACUUCUACAUUGUUUACAGCUUAGGGUCAUAAUAAAUAAUGCUUCUGAGAACAUAUUUGUCUUGGUGUACAUACAUGCAUUUCUCUUGUAUAUAUACUUAGGAAUGGAAUCGCUGGGUCUUAGAACAUAUGUAUUCAGUCAGAUACUGCCAGACAAUUCAGAACUUUCACCACAUGAGAUCACACUGAAGGGAAGCAGCAUGUUUUAUCAACAUGUGCUGGUUCAAACCAGAGAAUUCAUGCUAGAGGAAAAAAAUCUAUCAAUGUUAUUGUGAAAACUGGGAAUGUGAAUAUAAUAUAUGUAGAAAGGCUUUCAGCCAGAGCCCAAAUCUUCCAGACAAAUGUAAUAAAUGUGAGAUUGCUGUUAGCCA